AUCCACAACUUAGCGUCAGCGUCCCUUUUUUUCUCCUUUUGCCCUCACAAUUGCAAAGCAUCCUCCCGAUUCUGCAAGCUUCGUCCUUUUGAAAUCGACCCUUUUCUUUUUAGUUCCCUUCUCCAUGGCAGCGACUGAGAAGAGUCAUAGAGAACAAAAAUGUCGGUCCCUCUUCGAUCUCCCUUCCGAUUUCUUCGAUUCUUGCCGCCUCCUCCUCUCCGACCAUCCUUCGAUAACAUCCACAGACGUGUCUUCUACAUCUCAUACGUCGGACGCUCCGGCAGCGAGCGCAGAUAGCGUCGCACACGGAGAGGAACCCCACUUAAAGGUCAUAGAAGAGAAGCUGAAGGGGGCUACCAAGCGAUGGACUUGCAACGUCUGCAAGUCGGAGUUUGAAUCCCUCCAUGAUCAGCGAUCGCAUUUCAAAUCCGACCUCCACCGCCUCAAUAUUAAGCUGAGUGUUGCUGGUAAGAAUAUUGUCAAGGAGGAAGAAUUCGAUGAAGAGGGUUGUGAUAUUUCCUUUGAAGAUUUUGACGUAUCUAGUAUUUCAGGCUCUGAAGAUGAGUUUGAAAAAGGUGCAGUUACAAAAAUCAAAACAAGGGAAGGAUUUAAACAAAAAUUGUAUCUUCGUCUCUACUCAGGGGGAAUAGUUUCUGUAUGGAGAAGUUUGAUUUUGGAUGAGUCUGAGGAUGUUUCUCUGGAUGAAUACAAGGAAAACCAAUUGAGAGAUGAUGGAAGUGCAUUAAACAUUGGAGAGGAUGAGUUGAUAAACAAGUUGAAAUAUUUACUCUCCGAACCUCGAGAUAAAUCCCACUUGAGGAUUGUUUUGCUUUUGACUGGUGGGCAUUUUGCGGGGUGUGUCUUUGAUGGGAAUUCAAUUAUAGCACAUAAGACAUUCCAUAGAUAUGUUGUUAGAGCAAAGGCGGGCAAGAAGCAAUCUACUAAAGAUGCAACAGGAAAAUCUGCACAUUCUGCAGGUUCAUCUCUACGCCGUCAUAAUGAAGCGGCACUGAAAAAGUACAAACCCUGAUAUCAAUGUUGAUGCAAAUUUGGGGAGUAUUGUCAAAGCACCCUCAUAUUUGGUAGAUCUACUAAGCCAACAAUAUAUCUUUUGGUCUGUGGGUGGAUUACUUCACAACAUGGGGAGUGGGGUUGGUGGAUGGCAACAAUUUGGAAGAACCGAUGGAUUUUUUUUUGUGAA